CAAUCACUUUUUCAUUUUUUUUUAUUAUGUAACAUUUUUCUUUAUUUAUUCUUGUUUGAUUUUCCAAAACACAAACUCUAUUUGCUCUAUGCACUGUUUUUUCAUUUCUUGGUUUCACUAGUCCCUUCCCUUCAAUUUUUUCUUUCUUUUCAAUCUGUCUUAACUUUUAUCAUUCUUAGACAUUAAUUUUGUCUUUAAAAUUUGUUUUGAGGAGGUCUCAUUCUUUUAAUACAAUUUUUUUGUCACAAUUGCUAUUUCUUUUAUCAUUGUUGAUGAGUUAACGACCACCUUGAAGUGUCGACAUAGUUGGAAUGUCUCGAUCAUCAUGUAUGUGAUGCUUUUGUAUUCUAUUUUUUUUCUUUGAAAAAAAAACCACCUUGGCUAUUGGAGCUGUUCAAGUCCCAAGAAGAUGGGGUUUGAUCAUGAUAACAAAGAAACAGGACAAACAAGUGAAGCAAGUGGAGAACAAGAAGAGCAUCAUGAACCUCUUAGCAGGCAUGCAAGUGAAUCUUCUGUGUAUGCAACUGAGGAGGAAGAAGAUGAAUAUGGAACCAAAAUACAGCUAGGUCCUCUAUGCACUCUUAAAGAACACCUUGAAAAAGAUAAGGAUGAUGAGAGUCUAAGGAAAUGGAAGGAGCAGCUUCUUGGGAGUGUGGAUGUCAACAACAUUGGAGAAAUUCUUGAACCUGAAGUGAAUUUUACAAGCCUUUCAAUCAUCUCUGCUGGUAGAGAUGACAUUGUUCUUCCCAUUCCUGAGGAUGGAAAACCAAAGGGAUUGUGGUUUACUCUUAAAGAAGGUUGUCAUUACCGUCUGAAAUUCAGCUUUGUAGUGAGCAAUAACAUUGUUUCCGGAUUAAAAUACACCAAUACUGUCUGGAAAACUGCUGUUAAGGUGGACAGCUCAAAAGAGAUGCUUGGAACAUUCAGCCCUCAGCCAGAACCUUACACACAUGAGAUGCCAGAAGAAGUCACCCCCUCUGGGAUGUUUGCCAGGGGACAAUAUUCUGCAAAAUCAAAGUUUCUUGAUGAUGAUAAUAAAUGUUACUUGGAGAUCAACUAUACUUUUGACAUUAGAAAGGACUGGGCUUGAUCAUGCAUGGAUUGGAGAGAUUCCCAAUCUGCAACAGUAAUUCUCCCAUAUUUAGUCACCAUUUUUUUAAUUUUAUUUAUUUUAUUCAAAAAAUUCAGAAUAUGUAUCAAAUUUCAGCUUGUAUUGAAUUCCUUUCCUUUUAAUAAUUGACUCAAAGAACAAAACGAGAAAAAAAGAUUAUUAGAUAAA